AGAGAGUCAUGCCGUCAUGCCACGUUCCAGGCCAGCCUUAACCAGUGUUUUUCCAACCUUCUACCCUUGAAAGUGCACUGGAACAGCAGUCAAACCUGUGGCUUCCCACCCGUGAACUCGUAUUAUAUCGAUGUAGUAGCCUACUCCCAGUCCCGAGCUCUGACGUCACAUAGUUCGCGAAACAACAAUGGCAGUCCCUACGGAUAAUGCAAGUGGACGUUUGGCGUGACUUGCCUGGAACGCUACAAAGUCUUUGAUCGUGAUUUAAAUUAGUGACUUACAGUCUCAAAAAACCUGCCUGGAACACAGCAUCGGAGAAAGAAGCAGUUGAACAAACAGUGUUUUUCGACAAACUGAUUGGUUACAUUGAAGACUACAAACCACAAAUCCAGAGUCAUGGCAUAUUCUACUGAAAGACAAAAAAAAGAAUCAAGUUUGUACAAAUUUCAUGCAAUCAUCAAAGAAAGUAUUGUAACUGAGGAGGGGCCUCCUACUCGAUAUCAUCUGAAACCGAGGACAGACUCUCGUGAUCCAUCUAAACCAUACAUAAAAGUUACCUUUGGGGAGAGACACACAAAGAAACUCCAUAAAACCAUUCUGCUGGUGGGAGGAACAGGAACAGGAAAAACAACCCUGAUCGAUGUGAUGAUCAACUACAUGUUGGGUGUUCAGAGAGAAGACAAGGUUUGGUUUGAGAUCACAGAUGAUCAGAGCUACUACUCACAAGUUCAUACUCAGACCAGACGCAUCACUGUUUAUGAGUUUUAUCUACAAGAGAGUCCAAUCCAUUUAACAAUCAUCGACACUCCAGGAUAUGGAGACACUCAUGGAGUUGAGAAAGAUAAAGAGAUUGCUGAGAGUUUGCUCAGUUUAAGUAAAUCUGCUGAAGGUAUUCAUAAAAUACAUGCAGUGUGUCUGGUGAUUAAAGCAACCCAGACUCGAAUAUCUGAAAGAGAAUUAUACAUAUUUGAUGCUGUUCAGUCUUUAUUUGGAAGAGAUAUUGCUGAAAACAUCAUCUUGGUCCUCACACAUUCACGUGGAACUAUCCCUAAAAAUAUCCUGACGGCUGUUAAAGAGGCUAAAAUCAAGUGUGCAGUAAAUCAGCAGAAUCAGCCGGUGUAUUUCCUGUUCGACAACUGUCAGACAGAACCUGCUGAUGAAACUAAUGAAAUGCUGAAACAAUCAUGGGAUCUAACUUUCACAGAAAUUACAGGAUUUUUCAUAUUUAUUGAAAACAUAAAAGCAAAAUCACUGAAGAUCACUCAAGGUGUUUUGGAGAAAAGGAAGCAGUUGGAGACAAAUAUCUCUGAUCUACAAUCACUUAAUCAAAAGAUUGACACAAAGCAAAAUGAGCUGAAACAAGCUCAGGAAGCUGUGGAGCAAAACAAGAAAGAUGCUGAAGAAAACAAGAACUUUGAGUAUGAAGUUGAUGUGGUCUACAUAGAGAAGGUUGAUAUUGAUCCUACUGUAGCCAGUGUGGCGACGUGCUGCACCGUCUGUGAGGAGAACUGUCAUUAUCCAGGAUGCUGGUGGAUCGGUGCUGUCUGGCGGUGUAGCAUGAUGAAGAAUAAUCACUGUACAGUGUGCACUAAUAAAUGCCACUACAGCAAACAUGUCAAAGAAGCUAAAAUAUAUGAAAGAAAGACAAGGACAGAGAAGAAGACAUAUAAAGAUUUAAAGAAUAAUUAUGAUGUUAAGAUUAGGAAAGAUGAGUCUUUGGUCAAGAAACUAGAAGAAGAACUACAAAAAUUAGAGAUUGAGAAAAUCAAGCUGGUGUUUGAAGCUUUUCACUCUGUGGAAACUCUGCAGAUGAUCACCCUCAACACUGAUUCACUGCUCACACUUCAGCACGUUGAUUUUCUAAUUGAGAAGAUGAUGGAGAUAAAUGAACCUGAAAAGGCCAGAACACUGGAAAACAUCAAGAAGAGAGCAGGAGAAAAAAAGCAAAGAGCACUUGAAUACUUAAGAUAUUCUAUUAAAAAAUAAACAAAAACAAACAUGUCUCAGAUACACAAACCCUGACGAAACUGAAAAAAGGAUCCUGAUAAGUUUCUGCUUCUUUCAAAAACAUGUCUUUUAUGUGAUGUAAUCAUAUUAUCAUUGAAUGUAUUUAUUAAUCUAACAUUUUUCUGUCACAUAUGCUCUAUGUAUAUCAGACACUACUGUAUGCGCGUUGGAUGAACAGCAUAUGCUAAUUUAACUUAUGUAAAAUACAACAGUGAUUACUGUAAUUCCUGCUGGAAUACAACACAAACAGCAUAAAAUAGUUUAUACAGUAAGAUACAAUUGUAAAAGAAACAAAUAACCAGAAAAUGUAUAUGUAUCGUUAAAUGAUGUACAUGUAAUCAUGGUCACUAAGAGAUUUAGACUUUUUUAACAGUAUUAUUAAGUAUUAGAGGACAUUUAGCAUGUUCUUCAGGUGAAGAAACAUUCCCAUAUUUAUGAAGAAAAACUGAUAAAAAUCUGAGACAGUCACGAAAGUUCUUCAGGACUGUCUUGUUCAUCUUCUAUGAUAUUUGUGGGCCUUACAUGUUUAUUGCUUUAUGCUUUUUCUUUGAAAUCUUAGAAAAUAUGCAGUUUAAAUAAAAAAUGCUUUCACUUGUAUCUCGCUUAAAUAAAUAACGCCAUUUAAUUUUUUCC